GGGAGCACUAGAAUUUGUUUAUAGAGAAUAUCAUUCAGAAAUAGGCAUGAGUUUUGCUAGAACGAAAGAAUCAAUUGAAGAGGGUGAUGCUGUGGUACUUUAUCUGAGUCCCCAGAAUAUGCACACCUUCGAGGUUACCCAGAAAAUAAUUAAUAAAAAGGGAGAAAUGGUGGAUAAUGUCUUCCAGACGACUUACGGUGCUCUGAAGGUACCGAGUUUAAUUGGCAAAAGGUACGGCUCCAAAGUUGAAUUGUCAAAGGGCUGGGCUUUUGUCCUUCAACCCACACCAGAGUUGUGGACAAGCACUUUACCUCAUCGUACACAAAUUAUUUACACUCCGGAUAUUAGUUUAAUUAUUCACCUGUUGGAGCUGGCACCUGGCAGCAUCGCUGUCGAAACUGGUACAGGAAGUGGAUCCCUCUCGCAUGCCUUAAUUCGAACAAUUCGACCCCAUGGGCACUUGUAUACUUUCGACUUUCACGAGCAAAGAGUUCAACUGGCAACUGAGGAAUUCACAAAACACGGAUUAAGUGACUACGUAACUGUCGCCCAUCGAGAUGUCUGUUUAGAUGGAUUUGGAGAGGAACUCGGGCACAAAGCAGAUAGUGUCUUCCUAGAUCUGCCCCAUCCCUGGUUGGUGGUGGAUCAUGCGGUCCGUGCCCUGAAAAAAUCAGGGGGUAAACUGUGCUCCUUCUCUCCUUGUAUCGAGCAGGUACAACAGACUUGCCUGAAACUAGAAGCUGCUGGAUUCGUAGAUAUUAGAACACAGGAAUGUCUGCAGAGAGAAUUGACUGUGCAUUACAAGCAUUGUCCAAAGUUGGAAUUAGAUUGCCUUAAAACCGAGAAAAUAACGGCAGAUGAGAUUUCGAAGAAACCGGAGGAGCAGGAGAAAAUUCUGACAGUUUCCCACUCGUCCUCCACCCCUGGACACACAGGAUAUAUCACAAUAGCAACUCUCCCCCCCGAUUUUGCCCGUCUCAUAGCCUCAUAAUAAAUAAACGACGAAUCUUCUAAUUUUGUAAAAAAAAA